AUGAGCUGUCUGAAUUGUGGCCUGAUCACGGGGAGCGUCAUCGGGGCGCUCGUGUGCCUGGUGGGGAUCGUCCUCAUUCCUGUCGGCGACAUGGUCAUCGAGAAGACCGUCAAGAAGGAGGCGGUUCUGGAGGAAGGAACCACGGCGUACGCGAACUGGAUCUCGGCGGGCGCUCCGGUUUACAGACAGUUCUGGCUCUUUGAUGUUCAGAACCCAGACGACGUCCUGAAGCUCGGCAGCGCUCCGAAACUCGUCCAGAAAGGACCGUACACAUACAAGACGCGCUACCUGGCCAAGGAGAACAUCACCUUCCACGAGAACAACACGGUGGAGUUCCUGCUGCCGUCCGGUGCCAUUUUCGAGCCGAGCCUGUCGGUGGGAGGGGAGGAGGACACGCUGACCUCGCUGAACCUCGCCGUGGCGGGCGUGUACGGUCUCAUCCCCCACGAGCUUGCUAACGGCAUGAUCCAGCUGAGCGGCUCGUCGCUGUUUCAGAGGAGAAGCGUGAAGGAGCUGCUGUGGGGCUACAGAGACCCCAUGCUAAAAAGCAUGAUAGGAGUUUUCUACCCGUACAAUGGAACGUACGACGGUCCGUACAACGUCUACACGGGGAAAGACGACAUCAGUAAAGUGUCCUUGGUCGACUCCUGGAACUACAUGCCAACUCUGCCGUACUGGAACAAUACGUACUGUAACAUGAUCAACGGAACAGACGCUUCCUCCUUCCCUCCGUUCCUGGACAAGAAGAAGCCGCUGUUUUUCUUCACCUCUGACAUCUGCAGGUCGGUCUCGGCGGAGUACGAGGACACUGUGGAUCUGAAAGGCAUUUCGGUUUAUCGCUACAUGCUGCCAUCCCAAACCUUCGCCGCUCCCACGGAGAAUCCGGACAACCAGUGUUACUGUACCAACCAUCAGAUCACCAAGAACUGCACCGUCGCCGGAGUGCUGGACGUCCAGUCGUGCCGAGGUUUUCCUGUCCUCAUUUCCCUUCCUCAUUUCCUUCACGGCAGUGCGGAUCUCCUGCAAGGCGUGAAUGGACUGAACCCUGAUCCUGAGGAGCACUCCACCUACCUGGACGUGGAGCCGAUCACAGGAUUUACUCUGAGAUUCGCCAAGAGGCUCCAGAUGAACAUGGUGUACGGACCGUCCGAGAAGAUCAAGAUCCUUGAGAACGUGACGGACCUCACCAUAUUUCCCAUCCUGUGGCUGAACGAGACGGCGGCUCUGGACGAUGAAACAGCGGCGAUGUUUAAGGCGGAGCUGCUGUCCAGGAUUGACACUCUGGAGGCGUUACAGAUCUCCUUCAUCACUCUCGGCGCCCUGCUGUCCCUGUCCUGUUUAAUCUCCAUCUGUGUGGUCAAAAGCAGGAGCAGCAAAUCCUACAUAGCAUAAAAAUGUUCCCAGUGUUCCCAGUAUUCUGAAUGUUCCCAGUGUUCCCAGGGUUCCAAAUGUUCCCAGUGUUCCCGGUGUUCCCAAGAUUCCAAAUGUUCCCAGUGUUCCCAAGAUUCCAAAUGUUCCCAGUGUUCCCAGUAUUCUGAAUGUUCCCAGUGUUUCCGGUAUUUUUAAUGUUCCCAGUAUUUCAAAUGUUCCCAGUAUUCCAAAUGUUCCCAGCAUUCCCAGUAUUCCAAAUGUUCCCAGCGUUCCCAGUAUUACAAACGUUCCCAGUGUUUCCAGUAUUCCAAAUGUUCCCAGUGAUCCACAUGUUCCCAGCGUUUCGAAUUAUUUUAAAAUAAUGAAAAACUUCAUGUCAGAAUGAACAUGUGACUCUUAAACUGAGUGAUUUUAAUAAAAGAGAAUAAAAAACCA